AGGAGGGGCAGCAGGUUAGCCUUAUGAAUGGAGCUUUGUUUGCACCAAUUACCUAAGCAGUGCAGAGGCAAAGUGGUGAGAUCUCGGUAUAGGCAAGGUGCAGUGGAUAGGAAGGGUCCGGAAUAGGGAAUAAGGACUGAAGUUGAUUUGCAGAAGAGGCCUGGUCGGAUUCGAACCUCCAAUCCGAAAUGAAGCUUGGCCGAGCUCUGCAUUUUCGUGCUUUAGCGGCCACCUUGUUCCGCAUUGAGCCGCUGGCCGUUGCGGGGCGCCGACGCUGGCGGGGCCACUGCUUCGGAGCUCGUUUUGCAAAAGUGCCGUGCAAUGGUGACGAUGCAUUGAAUUGGAAGGUGGAAGUAGAUGUUGAAAAGGACAAGAACCAGAGCAUUUCGGCUUCAGUUGUGCCUUUCCACCUUGUCUUGUUGCUUCGCCCCUUGUGCAUCAUUGAAGACACGAGCUGGGCAGCUUUCGAUCCCCGGCGCCGUGGCUUGCCGCUAAGCCGUUGCAUCGCUGCGAUAUAAAAGACUUGGAGAGCAGGCUGUAGCGCCAGGAAUGGACCCAAUCAAACGAUGGAAGCAGAAGAAUAUGGGCGUGAAUAAUGCAAACAUGGUUGCGAUUAUUCGAUGAGAGAUGAGGCAGGAAUGGAAGAAGAUACAUGACAUGGAAUGAAACGAUUGAUAUGAGGAGAGCAGAAGAGAGAUGAUGAAGAAAGAAAGGUAGCAGACAUACCUCCGAAUACCAGGAGAUGAAGACGACCAAGAUGAAUAAGAAGACGACAAAGAGGACAUGGGCCGAGACACAGACCGAGAGGAUGUUGACAGUGACAACCCAGGCCACAAGGCUGAAGACAAAGACGGACCCCAAGACCCGUGAAACCGUCGAGUCUGAUACUGCAAAGCCGCCGCUCCUCGUCCCAGCCCAACCACUCCCGCCGUGCCACCAAUCUGUGGCCUCCCACAACUCCAUGCAGCUACCGACGCAUCAUCAGCAGCGAACCGUAAACUCGGCGUCGGCUUCGGCGCAGCAAGCACCAGCCGCCUCGUCACCCACCCGCUCAUGACCGAUGGGGAGAAAAAAUUCUUGUCCAGGAAAAAGACCAAAAAAAAAAAAAACUCUUUUUUAACUCAUGACAAAGGUGGAAAUAACAAAAUAGUAUCAAAUCCCAGUAAAUAGGAAGAUGGCUGAAAGGACAGAAAACCCAAUCAAGCAGUUAAUCUUCCUUGUGAGAGCCUAUCAUACAAAAGAAAAUAGGUACUUAGUAGAGCUCGGGUUAAGAUAAAAGUUGAAAGUUGAAAAAAGCACCAAAUUCCCGCUCUCUGGCUCCACUCUUUUUGUUCAGUCUACAGUAACACCAGGCAAUUCCUACCAAUCAGCACCAAAGUCCCUCGCAAAACAGGCACUUUUGUAGCCCCAAGUCUGCCAAUCGGAUGAUACAUGGUAUAUAAAUACCUAAUAUUAAAGAACCUUCUCAUUAAUCAGUUUCACCCUGUACGUA